AUGCUGGCCCCGAGCAGCCUUACCGCCAGUCUGUCCCUGUGGAUUAUUUUGCUCUGCAGCUCCGCAGUGGUCUGCAGGAAGUCGCGAGGGGGUCCUGAUGACGAGGACCUCUGGUCGGAGAGCGUUUCCAGGGCGACGUGCUCCUCGCGCUGUCUCAGUCUGCACACACCGCUGCAGAAUAAUGGUUCCUUGGGCUGGUGUCAUAAUCAUAAACAGUGCUCUAAGUGUCUGGAGCCCUGCAAAGAUUCCUGGGAGAUGAAGAGGCAAAGCGACUGCAGAGAAAUGUGUGAGCGAGUAUUUCCCAAGAAGCACUGGGAGUGUGUGACCAGCUGUGAGUUCCUUCAGUCUGUGUUGGCCGUGAAGCAGGGCACGUGCCCCCCUCCAGAGAGAGCCAGCGGCUUCGCAGCGGCCUGCGUGGAGAGUUGUGAUAACGACAGAGAAUGCUCAACUCAGAAGAAAUGCUGCUCCAACGCCUGCGGACAUACCUGCCAGUCCCCAAAAGACCUCUAUAAGGGCGUUCCUCUGAAGCCGAGGAAGGAGCUGGGCUUUGAGGAGCUCCCCUCCGGUCAGCUGGAGGUCCGUUGGUCCUCCCGCUUCAACAUCUCUGCUGAGCCGGUGGUCUACAUCCUGCAGAGGAGGUGGAACUUUGGCAUCCAGCCCAGCGAGGACACUGCCACUGCCUGGCAGGUGGUUGCACAGACCACAGAGCAGGGCGCCAGGCUCUCUGACACCCGGCCGGGUCGCUGGUAUCAGUUCAGAGUGGCAGCCGUGAACAGCCAUGGGACCAGAGGUUUCACCACGCCCAGCAGACACAUCCACUCCAGCAGAGACCCCUCCAGCCCCCCGGCUCCCUCUGAACUCAGAGUCUCCAGUAUGAUCUUCGGCAGUGGCAGGGCCGUUUUGACCCAGCUCCAGUGGAGCAUGCCCGCUGACCUGGAUGUUCCCGUCCACAGCUACAAGGUCAGCUGGAGCUGGACCGCUGCGGGACAGCCCCCCUCCUUAUUCCUGACCAAGAGGAGGAAGACAGUCAAAGAGGCCCAGGUGGCGCUGGACAGCCUGCGGGCUAACAGGAGCUACAGUGUGGAGGUCCAGGCUGUUUCCUACUGGGGACAAAAUCAGCUCAAAGGCCCCCGAGCCGUUCUCCACUUCAGCACGCGGCGCUGUACAUCCAGACUCCCUGGAGGUGGCAGUCUGGAUGUGGGGAUGCCAUUCUACCAGGAAGGACUGCUCCGGGUUCAUGUGUGCUGGCAGAGCAGCACGGAUCCCUCUAUUGAAUCCUACAGAGUCCAGUGGGAACCAGAGUACUGUGGACAGAACCAGACAGGACCUGGAGAGAAGACCAGCACACAGGAGAGCUUUGUCAGCCUGCAGGGUCUUCUCUUCUCCUGUAAGUAUAAAGUCGUCCUGCAGCCAGUCAGCCAGAAGAGCCAGAGUCUGUCAGAGAGCACCAGCUUCUUCACCCCCUCCUGUGCCUCCAUCCAGGCCAAGAGUCCCAAACCCAUCAGCUGUCCCGGAGAUACAGCAGCGUCCCCUCACAGAGUCCUCCUGAAGGCAGCCAACCUCACCGCCUCCUUCGAGGUGCGGGCGGGAAACGUGACGGCCGUCUUCAGCUGGGAGGUGUCGGCAGCUGAGCCCCACCAGCAGCUCACUGGGUACCAGGUCACAUGGGCGGAGGUCAUCCCCCCCACCGGACACAACUACAACCAGCUGCCUCACAGCCUCAUCUCUCAGUCUCAGAUCCUGCCUCCGGACGGUAAUGUUCUGGUGGUGUCGGGUCUGCAUCCGGCCAGUUUGUACCGGCUGGAGGUCCAGACCAUCACAGCAGAGGGUGAAGGGCUCGCAACCAGCAGAACCUUCCAGACCCCCGGACUGCAAAGCACACGGAGGCACAGACCCAGGCUGAGGAAACAUCACCAGCAACCGCCAAUCAUUGAGAGGCACUGACAGCUGACAGCCAAUCAGCCGGCAAGAACCGAGUACCUGAAACUCAGGAGAAUCCACAGAACACUGAUACGCACGACAAAUGCAGCUUCAGGAGCGAAAUGAAUUCUGCAUCAUAAAUCUCUCCCUGCAGUGUUUCUUUAUUUGAAUUAAAACUAAACUACUGGUAAAC